AUGAGCGCUUCAGCUGUCUAUCGCUCUCUUCCAAAAUAUUUCCAAACCGGGUCGCGCAUCCUCCGCACCAAAGACGUCAAUUUAUUCCAAACCUUUUUUGCCGCAGAUAAUCUCGUCCCCUACAUUGGAGCUCGCUACAUCGCAGACUUUGACCAUCCAAUCCGGCCAAAAGUUGUACAUACGUACCUAAACCGCGAACGGGGCAUACUAUGGUGGUCCGUGGUGGACGGGUCGCUGGUGGUGAGAAAGGGAGUCGUCCGGUCGUUCUGGGCAAGGCGUGUUCGACGGGCUUUUCGAACAGCGCUGGAGCAGCGAGGAUACGAUGCGGAAGGGAGAAAACUAAUACGUGAUACCAAAGGUAAUGUGGUGGCAAAAGAGAAGUCGUUAAAGGGUACCUUAGAGAUUCGCAUGGGCUUGCCUUUGCUAACGUCGAAGGCGGAGGCUCUUUCAACUCAGGUUAUGCAGCUCGUUGAGAAUUUGGAGAGAAAUCAAAACAGGAAAUCGGAAUGGGACCAACGUGGUGGCGGAGCGGCAGCGCACCGCAAAGAUAAAAGACGCUGUAAAUGA